ACAUGUAGUUAACAAAAGACGGUCAAAGGUGGGGUGAUAAACAGUGUAAAAGUCAAAACGAAUCUAGUAAAAAAGGACGGAGAAAGUAUAUAAACAAGUUCAUCAUUUUACUCCUUACAAAUUUAAAAUAAAAAAUUAUUAAUGGUCAAAUGAAAGGGCAAAAUGCAAAGGAAGAUCCAUAAAGAGCAAAAAAAAAAGGAAAAAAAAAGGUUGUCAACAUCAUAGAAAGGUGACGCGUGGAACAGAAACCCAUGAAGAAGAAGAAGCCCGUUUGCAAUUCACGGAAUUUGAAAAAAGAGACUUUUCUUUUGUUUUCCUUUCCUUUCCACCCCUAAAAUAAUUAAUUGGUUGGGAGGUCAAAAAAAUUGAGUCUUUCUUUUGCCAUUGUUUGGUUGCAAAACUCAUAUUUCUCCCACUCCAAAAAAAUCACUAGUAUAGUAUUAUUGUACAGAAGAGAGAGAAAGAGGAGAGAGAAAGAGAUGGAUUGUUUCGAAGCAUUGCACUCAACAGAAGGAAACCAAGAAUCUAAAAUAAAAGGUGUAAUGACGCACGGUGGUCGUUAUGUUCAGUACAAUGUCCACGGCAGUUUAUUUGAGGUUUCUUCUAAGUAUGUUCCUCCUAUUCGUCCCAUUGGUCGUGGUGCUUCUGGCCUCGUAUGUGCUGCUGUGAACUCAGAGACACACCAUGAGGUUGCUAUCAAGAAGAUUGGUAAUGCAUUUGACAACAUAGUAGAUGCAAAAAGAACUCUGAGAGAGAUCAAACUACUUCGCCAUAUGGACCAUGAAAAUAUUAUUGCCAUUAAGGAUAUCAUCCGACCACCAAAGAAAGAAGCAUUCAAUGAUGUUUACAUUGUUUAUGAACUAAUGGACACUGAUCUUCAUCAGAUAAUUCGCUCUAGCCAAGCUUUGACUGAUGAUCAUUGCCAGUACUUCUUAUACCAGCUAUUACGUGGUUUAAAAUAUGUACACUCUGCAAAGGUCUUGCAUCGCGAUCUCAAGCCCAGUAAUUUACUUCUAAAUGCAAACUGUGACCUAAAGAUUGGAGACUUUGGGCUGGCUAGGACCACCACUGAGACAGAUUUUAUGACCGAGUAUGUUGUAACUCGCUGGUAUCGAGCACCUGAAUUGCUCCUUAAUUGUUCAGAAUACACAGCUGCGAUUGAUGUCUGGUCUGUUGGUUGUAUAUUUGGUGAAAUCAUGACAAGAGAACCCUUGUUCCCAGGCAAAGAUUAUGUUCACCAACUGAGGCUUAUUACUGAGUUGAUAGGGUCACCAGAUGAUUCGAGCCUGGGCUUUCUGCGGAGCAAUCAUGCUAGGAGGUAUGUGAAACAGCUUCCACAGUAUCCAAAACAGCAAUUCUCGGCAAGGUUUCCUAAUAUGUCCCCAGCAGCCACUGAUCUGUUGGAGAAGAUGCUCGUCUUUGAUCCCAACAAACGCGUUACUGUGGAUGAGGCACUGUGUCACCCAUACUUAGCCUCCCUCCAUGACAUCAAUGAUGAGCCCAUCUGCUCGGCACCUUUCCGCUUUGAUUUCGAGCAAUCAUCCUUGACAGAAGAGAAUGUGAAAGAGCUCAUCUGGAAGGAAUCAGUGAAGUUCAACCCAGAUCCCGCUCAUUAAGUGAAUAUGACAGGACAAAUUGCUUUGCUUCUGCUACAAAAGGUAGUCUUCUGCAGUUUUUACUCCUGCAUACCCUGCUUAUUCUUGGAGGAGACCGCCUUUUUAGGUAAAUGAAGCUGUUUGUCAAGAGUCAGCACCCAGUUCUUUCAUUCCAAAAUGUUAGGCAAUUUGGACUAUGUAUUUAGCUUCGGUUCCUUGUAAAAGAGUUGAUAAAAUAGGAAAAUAAGGAAAUUGGAGUUCCUCUAUAGCUAGAAUUUUAGAUUAUGGACAAUUAUAUGACCUCUUAAAUACUUUAUUUUAGUUUAUUUUGUAUAACUUGCUCAGAACUUCUUGACUCUGUAUAUUUACUGAAGUUGAAUACAUUCUCUGCAUUCAGCCCUGUAUUCAAUCAGAACUACCUUCUAUUAUUGCAAUUUCUCA